GUGGGUGUGUGUCUAUGGAGGAGGUGCACAUGCUGAGGACCUGCAGGCGGCAGCUCGGGGCAGACAUGAGCGAACCAGCAGACGACAUUCUGGCAGUUGCGGGGUCGUCCUCACCAGCCACACGGAGCUUUGCACGACCGCUGUGGGCGGUCACUCACCCGGACCAUUGGACUAUCGCCGAGGUGGGACAGUGGGUGGAGCAUGUGGCAGAUGAAUAUCACCUAAGCAGCGAGGUCAAGGUCGCCCUGGCGGACGCCUUCGUUGACGUGGACGGCAAGCGACUGAUGGCCAUGACCUUGCAGGACUACAGACAGCGCCACGAGGAGUAUGGCGCCGUGCUGUUCUACGUCUACAGGCGACUUACCUGUAAAGGCCAAGUGGAGCCCGACGUGUGGAGUAGGGUUACGACCUUGACCCCUGUUGUGGAGGAUGACAUUCACAGGCUGCCCUGUGCGCAUGAGAUUCAUUCGCAAGCCACAGAGAGGGGAGAACAGUUUUCUACACAUGAGGCUCACCCACAGGGCUCACACAGGGGAGAAUCUGAACACGAGUGUAGUCCUGGAAAAUCUUCGUCAACACAAAGGAGAAAAUGGAGCAGCCAACGCAAUGAAUCGUUUUGAGCUAUUUAUAGUCUCUAUAGUCACUAAACCAACAGAACCAUAGUCUCUAUAGUCACUAAACCAACAGAACCAUAGUCUCUAUAGUCACUAAACCAACAGAACCAUAGUCUCUAUAGUCACUAAACCAACAGAACCAUAGUCUCUAUAGUCACUAAACCAACAGAACCAUAGUCUCUAUAGUCACUAAACCAACAGAACCAUAGUCUCUAUAGUCACUAAACCAACAGAACCAUAGUCUCUAUAGUCACUAAACCAACAGAACCAUAGUCUCUAUAGUCACUAAACCAACAGAA